AUGGGGAAAGCUAAACAAAAAACCACGCAACCAUCAGCCUCACCUGCUAAAGUGAAGGCUACUUAUCGUCGUCGCCGCCAAACCCAAGAACGAGACACUCCCCCCAAACGACAACGCAAAAACAACCAAGGACGAGCACGUCAACCAUCUCCACCACCACAAACGGAGGCUCAACUUGGAGGAGGGGGACUUCACGGCUUCCUCCAAUUACCCGACAAACAUAGGAGGGCUUUAGAGCGCUUCCUUCCCCUCCCAUUUGGGCAGCAAAGAUGCAUUGAUUGGGAUCUCCUAGAGCGCCUCCCUCAUCCUGCUCCACCUCUUGCAACAGAUGAGGCAAACGCAUCGGAGCAUGUUGUUCAGCAAAUGGUCGAGGAGUCUCCGCAACAACCUGCACAACAUCACCAAACUACGACUCAAGCCGGACCAUCCACCGACAGAUACAUUUCCCAUUUUGAGGCAUUGGGUCGGCAGAAUGCCCAAAUUCUCGAGCAAAAUGCACUCAUUCUCUCCCACCUCGAUCGAGAAAAGGAAGCUCGACGCUACAUCAUCAAAUGCAACCAUCACAUCAUGAGGUCCUUGAGGAUUGACUACAAAAAAUUCUCAACACCUUGGGAACUAUCUCCUAGGCCAACCGAGGAAAGCAAUGAAGAGGGAAGUGAAGAGGACGACGAGGGCAACGACGAUGAACAAAACAAGGAAAUAAAUCAAGAGGACAAAGGGACCGAUGAGGAAGAGGGCAGUGAAGAGGAUGACGAGGGCAACGGCGAUGAACAAAACAAGGCAAUAAAUCAAGAGGAAAAAGGGACCAAUGAGGAAAAGGGAAGUGAAGAGGAGGACGACGAGGGCAACAACGAUGAACAAAAUAAGGAAACAAAUCAAGAGGACAAAGGGACCAAUGAGGAAGAGGGCAGUGAAGAGGAAGACGAGGGCAAUGGCGAUGAUCAAAACAAGGAAAGAAAUCAAGAGGACAAAGGGACCAAUGAGGAAAAUGGCAGUGAAGAGGAGGACGACGAGGGCAAUGGCAAUGAACAAAACAAGGAAAGAAAUCAAGAGGACAAAGAGACCAAUGAGGAAGAGGGCAGUGAAGAGGACGACGAGGACAAUGGCAAUGAACAAAACAAGGAAAGAAAUCAAGAGGACAAAGGGACCAUUGAGGAAGAGGGCAGUGACUCUAGCGAGGACAAUGAAGAUGAGCAAAUCCAGCAAAACGAAGACGAGGACGAGAGCACUGAUGAGGAAGAUGGGCAGUGA